CAUUAUCCCUCUCAGGCUCUCAAAAUGUCGACUAUCAAGGAGCAGCUUAUUGAGAAUCUGAUUGAGGAAGACAAAGUCUCCCAGAGUAAGAUCACCAUUAUUGGGACUGGUGCUGUAGGCAUGGCUUGUGCUAUUUGUAUCUUACUGAAGGAUUUGGCUGAUGAACUUGCCCUUGUUGAUGUUGCGGUGGACAAGCUGAAGGGAGAGAUGAUGGAUCUUCAGCAUGGCAGUCUGUUCUUCAAUACUCCAAAGAUUAUCUCUGGAAAAGAUUGCAGCGUAUCUGCAAACUCCAAAUUAGUUAUUGUCACAGCAGGUGCACGGCAGCAGGAAGGAGAAAGUCGCCUCUCCUUGGUCCAACGUAAUGUAAAUAUCAUGAAAUCAAUCAUUCCUGCCAUAGUCCAUCAUAGUCCUGACUGUAAGAUGCUUAUUGUUUCAAAUCCAGUGGAUAUUUUGACAUAUGUGGUCUGGAAGCUAAGUGGGUUACCUGCAACUCGUGUAAUUGGAAGCGGCUGUAAUCUAGACUCUGCACGUUUCCGUUACCUCAUUGGAGAGAAGUUGGGUGUCCAUCCCACAAGCUGCCAUGGCUGGAUCAUCGGAGAGCAUGGUGAUUCUAGUGUGCCCUUAUGGAGUGGGGUGAACGUUGCUGGUGUUGCCCUGAAAACUCUAGACCCUAAAUUAGGGACUGAUUCAGACACGGGCCAGUGGAAGAAUAUCCACAGACAAGUUGUUGGAAGUGCCUAUGAGAUUAUCAAGCUGAAGGGGUACACCUCUUGGGCCAUUGGACUAUCUGUGACAGAUCUAGUAGGAUCAAUUUUGAAAAAUCUUCGAAGAGUGCAUCCAGUUUCCACUAUGGUUAAGGGCUUAUAUGGAAUAAAAGAAGAAAUCUUUCUCAGUAUCCCUUGUAUCUUGGGGCGAAAUGGUGUCUCAGAUGUUGUGAAAGUUAACUUGAAUUCUGAGGAGGAGGCCCUUUUCAGGAAGAGUGCAAGCACACUCUGGGAUGUCCAAAAAGACCUGCAAUUUUAA